AUGCAACAGCAGCAAAAGAGGCAGCAGCAGCAGCAAAUAUUAAGAAGUGAUGUUGUUCGUUCUGCUGCUGUUGCUGCUGUUGCUGCUGCUGCUGCUGCAGGUGCUCCUCUUCCCUUGUCUGCAGCAGCGGUUGAGCCGGCGGCCGCGGCGGCGGCUGCUGCUGCCGCCGCAGCAGCAGCAGCAACACAAGCAUCACAAGACCCCGAAUCCUUUAUACACCCCACACCCCAAGCAGAACAAGCAUUUCCUCAGGAAGUAGAAGCAGACAAGUCAGCAGCAGCAGCAGCCGCAGCCGCAGCAGCAGCAGCAGCAGCAGCAACAGCAACAGCACCAGCAGCGGCUUCGGAAGAGUCGGCAACACCAUCAAUCAUAUCAGCAGCAGGACCAUCAGCAGCAGCAAAAACAUUAUCUCCAGCAGGAGCAGCAGCAGUAACAGUUGCUGCAUCGGAACCGGCCUCACCAGCAGCAGGAGCGGGUGCAGCAGCAUCAUCAGCAGCAGCAACAGCAGCAGCAGCAGCAACUCUAAGACACGAAGAAGCACACCCAACAGGCUUCGCCUUGCCCCCUUGGCUGUCUUGCUGCGUCAAUAGUCUUAUCUCUUUGUUUUCUUCGAUACAACAGGGGGGAAGAGCCACAGACACAAGACACCGAAGCCAGCAACAAACAGUAGCAGCAGUGCCCUGUAGACCUGCAGCAGCAGCAACAGCAGCAGUAGCAGCAACCGCAGCAGCAACAGCAGCAGCAACAGCAGCAGUAGCAGCAGCAGCAGCAGCAGCAACAAUAGCAACAGCAACAGCAGCAGCAGCAGCAGACGCUACUGCAGCAACAAAAGCUGCAGCUACAGCGACGCAGCCGCAAGGAUUAGAAGCAGCAGCAGGAACAACAGCAGCAGCGCCACAAGAACAGCAGCAGCAGCAAAGGCAUCUCCCUGUGUGCCCUCAACAGCAGCACCGGUGCAGCCUCCGCAGCAGCAGUAGUAGCAGCACCAGGAAAACAACAGCAGCAGCAACAGCAAUAGCAGCAAUAGAAACAUCUCCUAGCAGCAGCAGCAGCAGCAGCAGCAAAAUGCUGACCCUACAGCUCCCCCCCAGGGACAGCAGCGUCGACUUUACUCCACAUGGAUAUGAAAUCAUAGCUUUCGUUGGGCGGGGCCAGUUUGGCGUGGCAUACAAAGUGCGUCGUUUGUUGGACUCGAGCGAAUGGCUGGCGAAGCAAAUAGAUUUAAGUUGUUUAGAUGAAAGAGACAGAAAACUUAGUCUUCAAGAGGCAGAGCUAAUGAAGCGUCUCCGGCACCCUUUUGUUGUUCGUUGUGUUGAAUCUUUUGUAAUAUUAAAUACAUUUUUAGUUAUUGUUAUGGAGUAUUGCUCUGGAGGAGAUCUAACAGCAUUUCUGCAGCAGAGACGGGGGCCCCCUAGGGUACCGAGAGGGGGGCCCCCCUCUUUGGGGGCCCCUCGUUGUGGGGGGGAGAGGGAAGAGUCUACUGCUGCUGCUACUGCUGCUGCUGCUGCUGCAGGAGCAGCAGCAGAAGGCGUCGAACUUCUAGAGGAGCAGCAAAUCUUAGAGUGGCUGCUGCAGCUGCUGCUGGGCUUAGAGUAUGUACACUCGCAACGGGUGCUACACCGAGACCUGAAACCAAGCAACAUUCUGCUGUCUCCUGUCUUCUGUGACGAGACAGAGACUAGAAGCUGCUGCGCUCGCAGCAGCAGCAGGAGCAGGAGCAGGAGCAGCAGCAGGAGCAGCAGCAGGAGCAGCAGGAAGUGUGGGGCUAGUUGCUGCUGCGGUGCAGCACAGAAGGUGUCUCUAAAGAUAGGAGACUUCGGCAUAAGCAAAGUAAUGUCUGCAACAUUAGGUGUAGCAACAACAGCUGUAGGUACACCCCAAUAUAUGUCUCCUGAAAUGUUAGAGUCGCGGCCGUACACUGUAAAGAGCGAUGUAUGGGCUUUAGGCUGUGUGUUAUAUGAGCUGUGCACCUAUAGAAAUGCAUUUGCCGCAGACUCUUUUAUUGCACUUGUAUGGAUGAUAGCAUUUGCUCCUAUUGAGCCUAUUAGCACUGUAUAUACACCUCAUCUCUCCCGCCUACUUGCAUCUAUGCUAGAGAAGGACCCAGCAAGGAGACCCACCCCUACCUGUCUCCUUAGAGACCCCUUCUUACAGGCCUUUGCUAACAGACACGCACGCCCCCCCUGUCUCCCCCUCCCUGCACACCAAAACCACCAGCAGCACCAGCAGCAGCAGCAGCAGCAGCAGCAGCAAAAGCAAAAGCAGCAAAAGAGCCCGAGGGGACAGCAGCAACUGCGGCAACCCCAAAACAACCGCCAACACCAACCCGUAACACGCGGAGACACUCAACGCGAACAACAUGCUGUAGAGGCCUUUGACUUGCUGCUGGAGAGGGACAGACAGCAGCAGCAGCAGCUGCAGCAGCAAGAGCAGCAGCAGCAGCAGCAGAGAGAUGAGACACCCAACAUGCGCAGAAGCACACGAAGCCCUUCUUUUGCUGUUUUCACCGAUGAAUAUCUCCAAGUCAUCCUCGCAAGAAUUGCAGAGAGGCUUACCGAUCGGUGUUCUGCUUUGCUGCUGCUGCAACAAGCUUGGCAGCAAACUGCUUCGUUCGAACCAGAAGAGGGAAGCGACGCGCAUGCAUGCUGUGCUGCUGCCGCUGCCGCCGCUGCCGCUGCUGCCGCUGCUGCUGGCAGUACGAAGCUGCAGCAACAACACGAAGAGGCAGCAGAGAUGGUUGCUGCUGCAAGCGAGGGGCUGACGUCAGAAGAAGAAGCCACGCUGCUCGCAAGAAAACUGACGCUUACCUGGUUGGAGGCCUUUGUUGAUUUGGCUGCUGCUGAUGUCUCGCACGUUGAGGUUGGCAUUGCGCUGCAGCAACUGCAGACGCAGUGCCCGUCCCCAGUGAUGACUGCAGGGUUCUUCUUCAGUCGGGUGAUGCUGGAGAGAUACGAAGCUUACGAAGAGGCUCUCCGUUGGGCCGUUCAGGUCGUGGACUCCGCAACAGCCCCUGGAGACCUGCAGCAGCAGCAGCAGCAGCAACGGCAGCAGCAGCAGCAGGGAGGGCACGGAGAAGCUAUCUCGCCGAAGCUAAGAGGCAGCGCGGCUCUCGAGGCGGCCUUUGCACUCUUCGCGCGUCAGAACGCCCAGGGUAUCAGCAGGUCAGCAUUGGCUGCUGCUUGUCCUGCUGCUGCUGCUGCUUCUGCUGCUGCUGUGGCUGCUGCUGCUACUGGAGUUGUGGGGAACAUGUUUGGUCUUCUGAGGCAGCACUUUCGCACAGUGCUGCACGUAUGUCUGCCUUCGCUUCCAUCUUUGCUGCUGGAUAAGGCCUAUCAACUGGCGCCUAAAGAUAAGGCUGGGAACGUGAGGUUUAGUCUGUGGCUGCAGCGGUUGUCCCUCGAGAGGCAGCCAGAAGACACAGCAGAAGCAGCAGCAGCAAUACCUACCUCCCGUACAGUUGUUGCUGCUUCUUCUGCUGCUUCCACAAACAAAAAUGCUUCUGUAGCUGCGCCUGCAGCAGCAGCAGCAGCAGCAGCAGCUUCUGCUGCUGCUGCUGCUGUGGCUGACCAAUUGCAGCCGGGUGGGGACUCGAACGUCGGAACCAGCCCAGCAGCAGCAGCAGCAGCAGAAACACUGAAUGCAGCAAGUAGCGCAACAGCAACAGCAGAGACACCGCAAGAGCCUUCAGCAGCAGUAACAGCAACAGCGGGAACAGCACAAACUGCUGCAGCAGCAGAGGCACCACAGCAGAGCGAAACACUCCCUGGGGCCCCCUCGAAGCCAAUAGCCUUCUUGACAAGAGAGUUGCAGCAACAGCAGCAGCAACAACAGCAGCAACAGCAGCAGCAACAGCAACAGCAGCAGCAACAGCAGCAGCAGCAGCAACACCAUGGGGACCAGCACCAGCUUCGGUAUGAAAAGGCGGAGCAUGAGAAGCAGCCGCAUCAGCAGCAGCAGCAGGAAUAUGUGGAGCAGGGGACCCAGGAGCAGCAGCUGCAGCAGCAGCAGCAGCAGCAUUUGCAGCCGGAGAGGGGACAGAAAGAGCAGCAGCACGAAACUAGAGGCCGUAUCCACCCUAUUGAGACCCCACCGCCACUUCAUCUCGUCUCUCCCUGUAUUGACAGCAGCAGCAGCAACACCUGCACCAGUAGCAGCCGCUGGUGCCGCAGCAGUAACAGCAGCAGCAGCAGCAGCUGCUGCUGCUGCAAAGGCAGCAGUUGCAGCGGAGCUAGCCUUGGGGCCGCAUGGCUUGAAGAGAAGUCUUCGUUCCUAUCCCCCAAGAACAACGAAGGCAGCAACAGCAGCAGCAACGGCAGCAGCAGCAACAGCAGCAGUAGCAACAGCAGCAGCAACAGCAGCAACAGCAGCAGCACUAACAACAACGACAAUAACGACAAUUUUAGCAGCAGCAGCAGUAGCAGCAACAGCAAAUCCUCACAAGAGGUUGUGCUGCCACAGGCCAAGGAAUCUUCGCUGCAGCAGAUGCAGCAGCUGCAACGCAGACUGAAACAGCAGCAGCAGGAGCUACAAGAACAACAAGAACAGCAGCAGCAGCAGCAGCUACACCUGCUGCUGCUGAACACUACCCCUGAGCAAACACCUGAAGUUGAGCGUAUGCAUUCCCCAGCAGCAGCAGCAGCUGCUGCUGCUGCGUCUGCUACUGCUGCACCAGCUUCUGCUGCUGCCCCUGCUGCUGCAAAGUGCAGCCCGUUCCUUUUACGCCGUCCUUCUGAUUCUCCUUUUUGUGCUGCUCCCGUUGCUGCUGCUGCCUCUCCUUGCUGCUGUUUGCAUGUACUGCAGCAAAAACCGGCAGUCACAGCAGCAAUCCCCGGAGGCCGAAGCAGCAGCGAAGUGGAGCAGCAGCAGCAGCAGCAACAGCAGCAGCAGGCGGAACAGCAGACACCAGAGCUUCCCCAGCAAACAGCUGUAGCAUUUCCAGAACAUUCAGAGCAGAGUUUAGAAGCAGAAGUGGGGACAGGCACUGUCCCUGCUGCUGCUGCUGCUGAUGAUGAUGAUGAUGCUACUAGUGCGGGUGUUGCUGCUGCUGAGGCUGCAGCGCUGGCGUGUUCCCCCGAAAGAGCUGCCUAUACACCUCAACUCGCACAGACCCAUCUCCGUGAAGAUGCAGCGAGGGCUGAGCCUGCUGCGGCCUGUGUUUCUGCUGCUCCUACGGGUGCUGCUGCUGCUGGUGCUGCUGCUGCUCCUAUUGCUGCUACUGCUGCUGCUGUUUCGUCUAGUGUCAGUGAGACCGCACGUUUGUUUGCAGAAGGUUCACCAGCCCCCCAGCAGCAGCAUCAGCAGCAACUGCAGCAGCCACAGCAGCAGCAGCAGCAAGAGCAACUGCAGCAGGAGCAGCGACAGGUGUCAGUGAAUAUCCAGCCCCAACAGCUUGACAGCACUCUAAGCAGCAGAAGGGUGCAGCGGGGCCGCAGCAGCAGCAGUACCUGCUGUCUUCGCCAACACUGUAGCAGCAGCAGCAGCAACUACAGCAGCAUCAACUGCAGCAGCAGCAACUGCAGCAGCAUUCAAUGCAGCAGCAGCAACUGCAGCAGCAGGAGCACCACUACCCGCUUCUGCAGCAGAAGCAGCAGCAGCAGCGACAAGAGGUGCUACACGAAGGCAUGGAGACAGAGGAGAAACAGCUGCAUGCAUGUGUCUCUACCGGAAGCAAAUGAACAGCCCUUAUGCUUCUCAGGCACCGAGCAGCAGCAGCAGCUGCUGCAUCAACAGACGGAGCAGCAACAACAGCAGCAACACGAGCAGCUGCAGGGACUCACGCAAGCGCACGUUCACCAAAUGCAACAGAUAAAACAAGUGCAGCAGCAGAUGCAUCAGCAGCAGAUGCAGCAGCAGAUGCAGCAGCAGCAGCAGCAGCAGCAGCAGAUGCAGCAGCAUCAGCAGCAUCAGCAGCAGCAGCAGCAGCAGCAAUUGCCGCAGCAGACUUACCAGCUUGGGCAACAAAGGCAGCAGGCAUACAUUGCUAGCUGUGCUGGUGCUGACGCAGUUUGUGCACCAUGCGGCAGCAAAGGAAACAUUCAAUCCUGUUGCUGCUGCAGCAGCAGCUGCUGCAAUAGCAAACCAGUUGCCGGUGGCUGCUGCCACGAAGCCCGGGUUGAAGUGUCGCAGCUCAGCAUGUCGCUGCAGCAGGAAAGAAAGGGGGAGGCGCAGCAGAAGCUGCAGCAGGAGGUGCAGCAGCUGCAGCAAGAGGUGCAGCAGGAGAUGCAGCACCUGCAGCAGGAAGUGCAGCAGCAGCAGGCGCAGCAACAGCAGCAGAAGUUGCAACAGCAGAUGCAGCGAGAAAUGCAACAGGAGGCGCAGCAGCUGCAGCAGCAGGUGCAGCAAGAUGUGCAGCAAAUGCAGCAGCUGCAGCCACCACACUUCUUUGGAGAUGCUUCCGUCUUCUCUAUACCGCACUGCGCGUGCCUGCCCCUGGGGCAUCAACAGCAACACGGGCAGCUGCAGCAGUACCACCAGCAGCAACAGCAGCAACAGCAGCAGCAACAGCAGCAGGAACGGCACCGCCAGUACAUGCUCCUGCAGCAAGGGCUGCUCGUGCAGCAGCUGAAGCAUCCGUCGCACCAUCAUGCAUUUGGAAUUGAGACAGGUGAAAGCACCCCAGUUUCUCUUGCUGCUGCUGCCGGUGCUGCUGCUGGUGCUGCUGCUGCUGGUGCUGCUGCUGCAGGCGGGAAGCACCUGCCUCACGGGGAAGCAUGGAGCUGCUGCUGCAGCACAACAGCCAGCAGCGGUGUCAGAGGAAGGCCUUCGACUCCUCUCAGUGCCUGCAGCAAACUGGCGCAUGUCUCUUCUCCUGAAACAGUUUGCUGCUCUCCCCAGCUCGUCAGGAGGUGCAGCAGCAGCAGCAGCAGCUGCAACUGCAACUGCGAACAAGGAAAGGUCAGGUGUCUCUCUCACCAAAGCUGCACCCCGCGUUCUCCUCUGGUCGAAGGCCAGGCAGAGUCUGCUGCAGCUGCUGCAGCAACCGUAGCAGCAGCUGCUGCUGCUGUUGCUGAGCUUCCGGUGGUGCAGCGGCUGCUGCAGCAGCUGCAAGCGGAGAGGCUAGCCUGCUGCAGUGCAGCAACAGACCUAAGUGAUGAUUCCUUACUUUGGUAUCGUGAGACCCAAGCUGUAACCCGAGGCAUUCUGGCUUCGAUUGCUGCAGCAGCAGCAGCAGCAGCAGCAGCAGCAGGAACUACGGGCGCUGCUGCACCAGCAGCACCGUCUGCUGCAGCAGCCGCUGCUGCAGCAAUGAAUAAUGUAGACAACUCGAACCAGCAACAGCAGAAAAUACUCUUCACAGAAUGGGCAGCUGAAGCAGAAGUGCUGCAAGCAGCAGCAACACAGCAGCUUGCCGUCCUGCGAGCACGACAGCAGCAGCACCACCACCGCCAGCCUCCUCAGCAGCAGCAGCAGCAGCAGCAGCAGCAGUCCCCAUCCGCCCUUCGGGGGUGCGAACAGGUUAAAGGAAAGGCCAGAGAAGAUGCAGCAGCAGAAGGCAGCAGCGAGGUUUCCUGCUCAAGUGCAGCAGCAGCAGCAACAGCAACAGCAGCAGAAAACGUAUCUGUUGCUUUGCAGCUUGAGGAGUUGUAUUUGUCUAUCAAUGACUCUAUACAAACACGCGUUGUUGCUGCAGCAAAAUGCCUCAUCCCUUUCUGCCCUGAUGCUGAGGUGUACGUACACCUAACGCUGCUGCGGGAGCAGCUAACUCGCGAAAUAGCGGUGGGGCUUCGAAUGGCAACAGCAGCAGCAACAGCAACAGCAGCAACACAAGCAGCGCCUUCAGCGACUGCUGCUUCAGCAGCAGCAGCAGCAGCGGCUGCUGCAGCAGAACGCGAGGACAUGCGGUGCUUGUUGCAUGUGGUAGCAGAGAAGCGGCAGCUGCUGCAGCAGCUGCAGCUGCUGCUGCAGCGGCAAGGAGGAGCGAAGCAGCAGCUGCUGCUGCAGCAGAACCCUGCCCUGCAGCGGCUUGCUGCUAUGGAAGAGGCCCUGUGGGGCGGGAGAGGAGUCAGCAAGACGAGCUGGCUGUUUAUUGCUGCUGCUGCUUUUGCUGCUGUUGAUUGUCUUGCUGCAGAGGCGCUGCAGGAGCUCUCAGCAGCAGUUUGCUGCAUGCGAAGAAACUACGAGCUCAUGCUGCUGCAGCAACGCACAACACGACAGCAGCAGCAGCAGCAUGAUCUGCAGCAGCAAGUCGAACAAGAGCAGCAGCACCUCCGGUCGCGGAGGAAUACUGCGCCAGCUGUAGCUGCUGCGCCUACUGCUGCUGCUGCUGCUGCUGCGGGAACUCCAGCAGCAAACAGCCAGCACUUCCCUCUCCUUCCUGUCAUCUCCUUGUGCCCCAUUGCCUCGGUGCAGCAGCAGCAGCAGCAGCAACUGCAGCAACUGCAGCAGCAACUGCAUUGGCACGCUGCUUCAGAGUUCACGGCAUCGCCAACAGCAGAACCAACACCAGCAGCAGCAGCAGCAGCUGCUGCUGCUGCUGCACAGAAACACUUGCUGCUGCAAGUGCCACGCAGCUGUGGCAGCCCCUUCUGGGCUCGCAACAGCUGCUGCUGCAGCAGCAGCGGCAGAAGCAGCAUCUUCAGUAACAGCAACUGCAGCGCGAGUGCUAGCAGUGCGAGCCGGUGCAAGAGUCAAGUCAGCAGCAGCAGCAGCAGCAGCAUCAGCAGCAGCAGCAACGGGUACAGCAACAGCGGCUGCCUGCAGUCUCGGCGCAGGUGCACAAGCCCAACUGGCAGAUGGUGUGCAGCAGCAGCCUCACCCGCUGCUGCAGCAGCUGAAGCAGCAGCAGCUGCUACAGCAGCUGCUGCAGCAAAUGCUUCAGCUGGAAGUAAUGGCUUCUGCUGCAGCAGCAGGAGACACUGCUCUCUCGCCACGUCUGCGCUUUCUCCAGUCUGGCAUCAGCAAGAGCAGCAGCAGAUGCAGCAGCAGAUGCAGCAGCAAAUGCAGCAGCAGAUGCAGCAGCAGAUGCAGCAGCAGAUGCAGCAGCAGAUGCAGCAGCAGUUGCAGCAGCAACUGCUGCUACAAGGCCAGCAUCAACACAAACCCUUUGCCUGGCACCAGCCCUCGCACCACUAUAGCUUGCUGGUGCAGCCGCAACUGCAGCAGCAGCAACAGCAGCAGCAGCAGCAACAGCAGCAGCAGCAACAGCAGCAGCACAGUGCACUGCAGCACCAAGAGGGACAGUCUCCCAUGUUUAUGCGCCAUCAGGAGGAGGACGAGAAGCAGCAGCAGCAGUGGCGAGCUCAGCUGCUGCCGCUGCAGCAGCAGCAGCUGCAGCAGCAGCCGCAGCAGCAGCACCCAGACCUAACGCCAGCCUUUCAUGGCUCGGCAUUAACUUUUGCUGCUGACAAUUUUCAACAGCAGCAGCACCAACACAGGCAGCAGCUGCUGCAGCCAGUCCUGUUGCCGCCGCAGCAGCAGCAGCAACUGCAGCAGCAACUGCAGCAGCAGCAGCUGCAGCAAAUGCAGCAGCAGCAACUGCAGCAACUGCAGCAGCAGCAACUGCAUCAGCAGCAACUGCAGCAGCAGCAGCUGCAGCAGCAGCAACUGCAGCAGCAGAAGCUGCUGCGGAUGCCGCAGCACUACUAA